GAUGUCCAUUAUUAUCCUCUGCCGGACAACCACCACCACAAGGAGACAAAGGCGAACCGAGGUAUCACCGGAGCAGUUACAUAAACGUAUCUGGUUCUGAGCAAAGCCACAUCUGCCAUCGUCUUGUUCGAGCUCGUGGUUUUUCACCCAGCCCAUGGAAGGAGCCAACUCCGGCCCCCCAAACACGAGGAUUGCCGUCGUCACCGGCGGGAACAAAGGGAUCGGUUUCGAGGUGUGCAGGCAACUAGCCAGCGGCGGCGUCACGGUGGUUUUGACGGCCCGGGACGAGACGAGGGGCACGGCGGCCGCGGAGAAGCUCAAGGGGCUGGGGAUCAGUGGUGUCGUCUUCCAUCAGCUGGACAUCACAAACGCUUCGAGCAUUGCUGGAUUGGCCGAUUUCUUGAAAACCCGUUUCGGGAAGCUAGAUAUUCUGGUCAAUAACGCCGCAAUUGGUGGGGUUGAGUACCUCCAAGAACUCGAUACCAAUGAGGAAAAGUUUAGUGGCCUAGAUUUCCACCAGAGACUCGAAUGGAUGUUCACAAACAUCAACGAGACCGUCGACGGCGCAAAGGAAGGUGUGAAGACAGACUACUACGGCACGAAGCAUGUAAUCGAAGCCCUACUGCCUCUCCUGCAAUCUUCCUCCGACGGGAGAUUAGUGAAUGUCUCCUCUGAUGCUGGACUGCUAACGUUUAUCAAGAACGAGGAGGUGAGGCACGAGCUGAACAACAUCGACAACCUGACGGAGAAGAGAAUAGACGAGCUGCUGGACAAGUUCCUCAAGGAUUUUGAGGCCGGGACGUCGGAGGCGCAGGGGUGGCCCACCGUUCUCGCAGCGUAUAAGAUGGCCAAAGCCGCCAUGAACGCGUACUCGAGGAUCUUGGCAAAGAGGCACCCGGAGCUCCGUGUCAACUGCGUGCAUCCAGGAUACGUCAGGACCGACAUAACCAUGGGCUCGGGUAUCCUGACGCCCGAGGAGGGCGCGCGUAACGUGGUGAAUGUGGCGCUGCUGCCGGAGGGUGCGUCGACCGGCUUGUACUUCGACAAGGGUGAGGAGGCGUCGUUCGUCUGAGAGAUGCCUACCCUCGCCGCGGCUCGACCGCAGCUUACGACGCCACUGCCUUAACUGGUUUUGUGGUAGCUACACUGUUUGUUUUAGACGAGGAUUUACAUUGAAUAUUCAUAAUUGCGUGGGUACACCGCAAAAAAAAAUCGUGGGACCUCAGAAAAAUAUAAGCCAUAAGCCAGACUAAGAGGAAGAGUAGAAUAUACUAAGACGAAUAUUCUAACCAUGUAGUGCAAUGGCUAGAAUACAAGGAGUUUAAAGAUCAUUAGAAAACUCCAAGAAGAAGAAUAGAUACUGAAUUAAAAAAAUCCUGCUUCAAUAUUGGGAGGAAGAAGUUAGACCUUAUUUUCAUUGGGUUGUUUGGAAGUACCUAUAUAGUAUUGUCAUAAAUACUUUGUGGAUGGAUUUCUUAAUAAAACGGAUGUGUGCAUCGAUUGAUGCACAU